CCGCCGUCCCGGAGCGGCCAUGCAGCUGCUGCCUCUGCUCGCCUGGGCGCUGCUGCCAGGCUGCGGGGCGGUGACGGGACCCGGCACCGUGCGGGGAUUCCUGGCAGGGAUCAUCUCUGUCAUCUCGUGCCGGCCUGGCCAGGAGACGAAGCUGAAACUCCGGAGAAAACGGGACAAUUUCUUGCUGUGCUGCUGGCACCACGGACACCUCGGGCUCGCUCCCGUGGCACAGCGGGGCCGAUUCUCCACCCGGGACAAGCGCGCACAGCGGGCGUUCACAGCGACCGUGGAGCGUCUGUCCCAGGAGGACACUGGCAGCUUCCUCUGCGGGUGUGAAAGGGAAUUUACUGCUUUGGUGACAAUGCUGCUCUGAAGGUGAUGGCAUUGUCAGCACUGAAGAAUCCCCGGGUCCAGCCUGGGUGCGUCCCCUUGCAAUCGCCGGGAGGCGUGGCUGCAGUAGGGGCAUCCUGGAUGAGGAGCUGAUGCAGGAGCCGUGACCAGGAAAUCCUGCAGCUCUUGGACGUGUCAGGCAGCAGCAGGCAACGGGGCUGCCCCCUGUCCCAAACGCCUCAGAGCAGCAGGGACACCCUCCUGCCCACUCGCCCUGCACCGUGCUGGGACCGUGCCACCCAUCACGGCCUCCCCGUGACAGGAGUUGCUCAGCUCCUCGUGCUUCUCAUCCCUGGAAAACCUCGGCCGCUCAUGGCAGCCUCUGUGCUGGAGAGAGAAGGGUUUGGGUGCAGAGAGCUUGUUCCUGCUGAGCUGCAGCUGCCAGCUGAAGACAAUUUUGCAAUAAAGGCUGGGUA